UUGGCAACAUUCUCUGUCUAGAGCACCCAAGCACCAAAACAACCAAAAAAAAAAACCCACCCAAAAAAGCGCAGCAAAAAACCAGUCAAAACCUCAGAUUAUGGGGAAAGAUCUGAGCGACGAUCAUGUUUCAUCAAUGAAGGAGGCUUUCACGCUGUUCGACACUGACGGCGACGGCAAGAUCGCGCCUUCGGAGCUCGGAAUCCUGAUGCGCUCGCUCGGCGGAAACCCUACGCAGGCGCAGCUGAAGUCAAUCAUCGCUGAGGAGAAGCUCACCGCGCCGUUUGACUUCUCUCGAUUCCUUGACCUCAUGUCGAAGCAUUUGAAGCCGGAGCCGUUCGAUCGCCAGCUACGCGACGCUUUCAAGGUGCUCGACAAGGACGCAACUGGAUGCGUCGUCGUUUCGGAUCUCAGACACAUUCUAACCAGCAUCGGGGAGAAAUUGGAGCCUGCCGAGUUCGAUGAGUGGAUCCGCGAGGUGGAUAUCGGAUCCGAUGGCAAGAUCCGGUACGAGGACUUCAUCGCGCGCAUGGUAGCUAAGUGAAGAGGCGAUUUUCGAGGCCACUGAGGUGAUUGACAUUUUGGUUAUGCUGUGCCUUCACUCGAAGCAGGAAGCUGUGUGUUUUUUUCAGCCCAGACUUGUAGUGCAUCUUUAUAACUUAAUUAUCGUGUUGCCCUAAGUUGACAUAAUUUGACUUUAAUGUGUGUUAAACCCGUGACAUAAUCAGAUCUUGAGCUGGUUCAAUUCUAAGUUGAUGUGAAUCUAACCUGGCUAUGACUCUGUCACUCGUCAAAAUUCGUUGCAUAUAUAUGGAUGGAUAUGAGUUCCAAAA